AUGACCCCUCCUGUUUCAUCACCUCUGCCAAACAAAGAUGGCUCGAAAGGGGGUGGUAAAGAUGUCUGGGUGGAAUAUCAAGAUGGUGACGCUGCAAUCGAUGUUAUGGUGAUCUACCGCUCCUAUGAGCCCGAGUACCGUCGUGAUAUUGAGUUGAAACUACGCCGGAAAAUCGAUACCCGGAUUCUACCUCUCGUCGUCAUCAUCUAUCUGUUCAACUAUCUGGAUCGCAAUUCCAUCACCCAAGCUCGUCUGUAUGGACUCCAAGAGGAUACCGGUGUCAAGGGAGCGCAAUACCAGACUGCGAUCUCUAUCUUUUCAGCUGGUUAUAUUCUCAUGCAACUUCCGUCUACCAUUAUGAUGACGAAACUUCGCCCUUCCAUCUACCUUCCAACAUGCAUUAUUAUCUGGGCUAUCACUAGUGGAUGUACUGCCACCGUUCACAACACCCCGGGAUUAUUGAUGGUUCGACUUUUCCUCGGUUUCGUGGAAGCCCCAUUUUUCCCCGGAGCGAUCUAUUUCCUUAGCUGCUGGUACACAAAGCGGGAAAUCGGUGUCAGAAUGGCACUCCUGAUCUGCGGUAUCCUUCUUUCCAACGCUUUCGCUGGCUUGAUCUCAGCCGGAAUUCUGUCUGGUAUGAACGGUGUUGGCAACUUGACAUCAUGGAGGUGGUUGUUCAUUAUUGAAGGGCUUGCCACGUUGGUAGUCGGUAUCAUCGCCCUUUUUGUGUUACCAGACUUCCCAAGCACUACAAAAUGGCUUACUCGGGACGAGAAGGUGAUUGCUCAGGGUCGCUUAGCCGCCGAUGCUGGUAGCGAUUCCUUGCUAGAUGAGGAAAAAGUGCCCAUUACUCGCGGAUUGAUCUGGGCGGCAAAGGAUCUUCGGACUUGGAUGUUUGCCUGCCUUCAGAUGGCUACCACUGCGUCCAUCUCGUACUCCCACUUUUUCCCCACCUUGAUAAAGCAGUUGGGAUUCAAGAAUAAUACUACCGUCUUGCUUCUGACCUCGCCACCUUACCUUGUUGCAUUUUUCUGGGCUCUCUCCUGGGCAUGGGUGGCUGAUCGGCGUCAAAUUCGCUCAAUCCCGGCCGGAACAUCUCAGUGUCUCGCCAUGGUUGGCACAAUCCUCCUUAUCGCCGUUAGGGACUCCCUCUGGGCUAGAUAUGGAUUCAGUUUCCUGGUUGCAUGCGGCACAUUCGGCGUCUAUGCGACCACAUACGCAUGGCUAUCCUCGACAAUUACACAGCCUCCAAUCAAGCGAGCUGUUGCCAUUGGACUUGCGAACACCUGCGCAAAUAUUGCGUCUCUCUUUGCAAACUACUUUUGGUUGGAUCAAUACGAGCCAGCCUAUCGUCAAUCCUGGGGCUGUCUAUUGGCAUUCCAGGCACUCGGACUCUCUUGUAUCCUUACCAUCCGUUUCACACUCCAGCGCGCGAACAAGAAGUUUGAGAGCUUGUCCAAUGAAGCUGAUGUCAUGGACCCGUUAGUUAUCGAGCGUCUCAAUCUUGACGAGCGCAAGGCGGUUCAGAACGGAUUUCGAUAUAUUGUGUGA